UCAGACCCACUUAAGAUUUCGCUCUAACGUCUUCAAAACACCCAAGUUUCCUUCUUAUUCUACUCAAUUCAGUCCCAUUCCCCCCCCCCCCCCCCCCCCCCCCCUCUUUCUGGGUCUCUCUAAGGUUGUUGUCGGAAAUGACGUCGAGUAUAGGCAUGAUGGAUAGUGCUUACUUUGUCGGCAGGAAUGAGAUUUUGACUUGGAUCAACAACCGGCUCCAGCUCAAUCUCUCGCGCAUUGAGGGGGCAGCAUCUGGUGCUGUACAAUGCCAGAUCAUGGAUAUGACUUAUCCAGGGGUUGUUCCAAUGCACAAGGUGAACUUUGAUGCAAAGACGGAGUAUGAUAUGAUCCAGAAUUACAAAAUUCUGCAGGAUGUGUUCAACAAGCUGAAAAUUGACAAGCAUAUUGAAGUUAGCAGGCUUGUUAAAGGCCGACCUUUGGACAACUUGGAGUUCCUACAAUGGCUGAAACGUUACUGUGAUUCUGUGAAUGGUGGCAUUAUGAAUGAGAACUAUAAUCCAGUGGAGCGAAGGGUCAAGGUUGGAAAGGACCGCAAUCUUAAGUGUUCUACGAAGAGCUCAAAGUCACUGCAAACAAAUAGUAUGAAUAAUUCUGGUUCAGGCGACAAACUCGGUCCUAAUAUAACCUCUGUGGCCAAGCCAUUCAGGUCAAUUGAAGCAGAAGUUGGGGCUAAUUCUUCAGUAGAGAUCCAGGCUUUGUCCAAAGAGAUUACUGAUCUCAAAUUUGCAGUGGAUCACCUGGAAAAAGAAAGAGACUUUUACUUUGCAAAACUACGAGAUAUAGAAAUUCUUUGUCAGAUUCCAGAAGUGGAGAAUGACUAUAUGUCUGUAGCAAUUAAGACGAUUUUAUAUGCUGAUGAUGCAAACGAAUCAGCAUUAGAUGAAGCUCAAGAUUACCUUAAUCAAACUAUGAACGGUGUCGGAGCUGAAGCAGAAAUUGAAGCCUGAUUACUCACAAAACUAGUUCCUUGCUUGUUUGCGUAAGAUAUUUGGCAAACUCUUUUUUAAACAAACUCAGUGCUGAGGCCGUAAAGUGCCAUAUAAUGAAUGUUGUUUGUC